GUGAACGAUAAAUUAUUAUACAAUUAUCUAGUAAGCUUUGCAUUAUCCAUAUUUACUUUUGCAGCUUUAAUCUUUAAUGUAAAUAAAAUUAAUAUCAUUAAAGUUUAAGUAACCAAAUACUGAUACUAAUACAUUGCUUUUAGGUUUUCAAUCGACACUUUCACUUUAAUUACAUUUAUGUUAUAAAAUUUUACGUAAUUAUAAUGUUUUCGUGUUUCAUUUUUCUCCUCUACUACGUGUCCCAAUGUGUUGUCGACGAAACGUUCAAGUUUUUUGAUACUCCGUACAAUGGGAAUUGGUAUGAUUUACCGUUAUCCAUACAAAAAUUAUUACUUUUUAUCAUACAAGGAAGAAAAAAACCGGUGUUAUUGUCAAUUUGUGGAAUAUUCGUGCCUACGUACGAAAUGUUACUUACGCAAUGCAAAUUGACAUGGUCUUGCUUCAUAAUGCUGUACUCUAUUCAAAAGUAAUAAUGUUAAUUAUUCAUAACAUAACAUUAUACAUAAGUAUAAUGUUAAUGUUAAUUAUUUCAUAAGAUCGAUAUAUCAAUUUUGUUUUCACUUCAUUUACAAUUCAAUGAUUUCUUAUUCCAAUAUGAAAUUAUUGCAAAA